AUGAAGGCCGUAGCUACAUUUCACCAGCCGACUUCGGUCGUGGGCUCUAUCAAGACUACUUUGACCGAAGAUGAAGAUACCGAAUAUCUUGUCGUUGCCAAGUCCAGCAUUCUCGAGGUCUUUGCCAUUCUUCCCGACGCGUUACGCUUACAGUGUGUCCUUGAGAUUUGGGGACGCAUCACGUCUCUCCAAGCAGUUCCGACAGACGAUGAGAACUCUCAGCACCACCUGCUUGUAUUAACGGACCAUCCAGACCCAAAGUUGUUCCUUCUUGAAUACGUACAAAGCAAUGCAGGCUCUGGACCAAGCUUGAAGACUCUUAAGACUGUAUCACUCCACGAACGAAAUGCAAGGCCCACCGAAUACGUUAGCAAGUGUCUCGUGGACCACAAGGGAAAGGUUGCGGUUGCCUGUUCAUACACUGGGAAACUCAGAGUCCUAGAGUUGGAAAAAGGACUCAUUAAUUCCGAAUUUGAUACCGCUGUGCGCGAACUAAACAUCGUAUCGCUAUGCUUUCUUCGGACUACGAAUGCCCGCGCAACCGCACUGGCAAUCUUAUAUAAAGAUUACAUGCAAAAAUUAAGCGUCACAUCGCAUGACCUCUCCCUAGCUGAUCUUGAACUGUCUCCUUCGCCUUCUUCAUUCCUUCCCGAAUUUCAUGUUCCUGACGAAGAUUCCAAUUUAUUGAUUCCUGUUCCACCUCAGAUAAAGAGUAGCUGGAACGUAAAUGGAGGUGUUUUGGUUCUUGGUGGUAGCACCAUUGCUUUCUAUUCUAUCGAUAGGAAACAGAAAAAGAAGAACUCUUCAUCGCAAUCAAAAUCAUCCACUAGCAAGAUACCCCAAGCCGAAGUAAACUGGCCGUAUUUUGACAUUACAGCUUGGGCACAGAUUGACGAAGACGGCUUAAGGUAUUUGCUCGGCGACAGCUUUGGCCGGCUCGCUCUUCUUGCGAUUAACCCUCAGUACGCGUACCUCGACAUAGUCCUUCUCGGAGAAGUAUCGCCUCCGACAUCCCUAACGCCGCUAGCAUCACAAUACAUAUACGUCGGUUCACACUUCGGAGACUCACAACUCAUCCGCGUCACCUCCGAACGAUCUUCGAAUGGUUCAUACCUUGAGAUUUCUGAUACUUUUAAGAACAUAGCACCUAUAAUGGAUGCUGUAUUCGAGGACACCGAUGAUAGUGGCCAGCCUACUAUCAUCACUUGCUCAGGAGGCGAGAGCACCGGUUCGCUACGUGUUAUUCGGAACGGCGCCAAUUUCAAUGAAGAUGCUCGCAUAGAAGGUAUUGCGAACAUAACCGGAAUGUGGCCGAUAAGGAGACAGUACGAUGAUACAUUCCAUCACUACAUGCUAGUUACAACAGAUACGAAUACGCAUCUCUUAGAGUUACCCAAUUCGCAACAAGAAACUGCCGUUUCUCGUUCCAAUGACUUCUCCGACUUGACAAUUGAUUCACGCACCCUCGUCGCAGGGAAUAUGCUAACCCGGCUUAUGUCUGAAAGUGGGAAAUCCGAAUAUGUUAGCAGCAGUUACGUCGUACAGGUUAGCCGAGAUUCUGUCAUACUCUUAAACACGAGAACCGGAUUGCGCGAAGACCAGUGGUCUCCAGGACCUGGAAACAAGAUUGUCUUGGCGGAUAUUAGUCCCAGUCAAAUUUGCGUCGCAAUCUCGGGAGGGACUGUCGUUUUAUUGAACUUAUUUGCAGACAAAAUUAAUGAGCAGAGUCGUAAACAAUUCUAUUCACCUGAUGGAUCGUCUUCCGAGAUAUCCGCACUUUCGAUUUCACCCAUGAAAAGAGGCGCCAAUUUUUCUUCGUUCGUCGCUCUGGGGUUCUGGUCGUCACAUGAAGUAAAAGUUCUCCGAUUACCAACCUUUGAGCAAAUUGACGCGGUACCUGUCGUCAUGCCUCAUCUCCCACGAUCCUUACUUCUCUGUGACUUCAGCGAAGAAGAGUCUAAACCACAUCGCUACUUAAUGGUUGGCCUUGCGAAUGGGACUGUGGUAUCGAUGCCUUUUGCCGAGAAGGGAGUACUUGGUGAAAAGAAAUUUUUCGGUCUUGGAGGAGCACCCGUUUCGUUGAGUCGAUGUGAGGUUAAUGAUAAGCCGGCGGUGUUUGCUAGUGGUGCUCGAUCAGCACUUUUCUAUAGAUCGAAGGAUACGUUAAGUCAUUCGCCUGUCCUCAUCAAGGAUGUGACAUUCGCCUCAGCUAUUCAUUCAGAAUCGUUUACUUCCUCGAUGGCUCUUUCGACGCUUGAUGGUCUAGUCGUAGGUCGGGUUUUGGAACUUGACAAGUUACAUAUACGGACGGUAUUCAUGGGAAAGGAAAAUCCUACGAAACUUGCAUAUCAUUCAGCUGCGAAGCUGCUUGGUGUUGGCUGUUUGAAGCUGGACCGAAGCACAUUCAAAGGCGCUCCUGUGGCCGCCAGCUCGUUCAAGCUUGUCGACACCGUUGAUUUCAGAACCACUCAUGAAAUAUCCCUCGAGCCGAACGAAGAGAUAACUGCCGUCGCACUCGUCUCUCUAGACUGUGGAAUUGGUUGGGAUACGUUCUUCGCCGUUGGUUCAGUUUACUUUGACGAAACCGAACGAGAACCUAGUCGUGGUCGGAUCUUGAUCAUCUCAACUGGGUCGAAGCGAAAUCAAACACCCCAUAUAUUAGCAUCUACGGAGGUAAAAGGAGCUGUGAAUGCACUUACUUGUAUUCAGGGGAAGUUGGUCGUUGCGAUCAACACAAGCGUCGAUGUAUUCCGCCUCAAACAUGGAGACAACACUGUUCUCACCGCCGUAACAAGCUGGAAUCACAAUUACCUCGUAAUAACAGCAGUUGUGAUGGACGACCUAAUCGUCAUCGGCGACGCAGUCUCUUCCCUGGCCGUCCUGAAGCUCGAAGACGACAAGUUAACAACGUUUGCAAGGGAUUACAGUCCAUUAUGGCCUUUAUGCAUCGGGGCGUUUGACAAUAAAACAGUCAUUGGAGCGAACAACGACAACAACUUAUUCUCGUACAGGCUUCAAAAACAAGGAAGUAAGAUGCUUCUUGACCAAGACGGUCUGUACAACAUUGAAGAGAUUGUCAAUAAAUGCGUGCCCGGUUGCUUUGACUCCACACCGAAUAAAUUUGGUUUACAGACGAAGCAACUGCUGUUCACUUCUACCGGCCGUAUCGCUGUCGUUGUCAACGUCGAGGAUGAUCUUUCUAGACUGCUUAGUAGCUUAGAAAGGAACAUGGCAGGCGUUAUUAAGGGACCAGGUGAUCUAGACCAUACUCUCUGGCGAGCACCAUCAAAUUCACGAGGUCGUUCCGACGCAAACGGUGCAGCUACCGGGUUCCUCGACGGUGAUUUACUCGAACGAUUCCUCGAUUACCCUUACCCUUCUCCAGAAAUCACCCGCAUACUUUCCGGUAGAAACGAAGCAGAGAAAAUCGGAACGUCGUAUUCGGAGAUUCGCGCAAUUCUGGAAUCACUACGAAGCACACACUAG